UGUGCGAAUGUGUGGGUGUGGGGGAGGUGUAUGAGAGCGCGUCGGUGUGCGUGUGCCUGUGUGCAAAAGUGUUCUUUCCCUUUUCAAACCAACCUCUACUCCCCCUGACAUCACCGGACUUUCCCCUAGUAUCAUAUAUAUAUAUUUCUACAACUCUACAUUUCUGUACAAGACAAACCUUCAAACACACAACUCUGAACAAGUACACUGACCAUAAGCCUGGUGUGGGGGCUCAAACAACAAACAGCAGCAAACGCAUUCAAAUAUAUUUAGACUAACUAAGGCAGAAUGCAGAACUACCAUAUAACAGAGGAUCUUGAAGCAGGCAUGGGUGGCGUCUACCAAGCCACAGUGCAAAGCGGGAAGCCUUCUAGACUAAGCUGGGCGUGGAAGAUAGUGGGUGCCAUCUUCUUGAUUGCACUCUGUAGUGUGGCGUCUGUCGGGAUUGCAUGGUACUUCAUGAAUCACAUACAAGGAGAACGCAUCUCGGCACUCGGAAGGGCCGCAGAACUUCAAAGCAGCUCAGAACAAGGACCAGUGCAUCCGCAGCAUAUGCUAGCCCAGACAGCCAACAACACAAAGGCUGCCAUUCACCUGCAUGUUUCAGGUAAUGAUGACUCUUCCCUGCGAUGGGUGAAUGAUGUGGACCAGUCCUUUGAAAUAGGAGGCCUCAAGCUGGAGAACAACGAGAUCGUCAUUCCAUCCGAUGGGUUGUACUUUGUUUACGGCCAGGCCUCGUACGAGGUGCACUGCGACUCGAGCGAGGGAGGUCAAGAGCUGAGUUACGAGAUUAGCUGGUUUUCUAAUGCAGCACCUUCUGCAGACAGAAAGUAUCUACUCAACGGAGUCAAGUCUGUCUGCCAGGCCAGCGUGAAAAAGGACGAGGCGGUGUUUGAAGUCAUCUAUCUCGGAGCUGUCUUUAGGCUUUAUAAAGGGGACAAACUGUCGGCAGAGACCAAUAACCGUACAUACAUAGAUGCGCAGAGCUCCAAAACGUUCUUCGGAGUGUUUCAGCUGGCACACGCCAGCUGAACGGGACUGUGGGACGAUACAGGUCACUUGAUGACAAGUUUUGCAAAAGACAAAAUGUUUUAUGUUAAAACAUCUGAAUUGUAUUUUCCUAAGUGGUUACUUUGAACGUAUUCAUUAGUAGGGAUAUUAAAACUGUUAUGUGUAUAUAUAAAUGGUGACUUAAGGGUGAUUUGGACAGUUUUUGUGCUUUCUUGAUGGAAGACAGUAGUGAAAAAAGACAUAUGACUUUAUGUUUGUAUGUCCAUUAUCCUUAAUUCACCCUAUACACAUUAUAUGUAUAUAUGACACAUUAUAUGUGUCAGAACUGCUGCCUAAAGUUAUUUUGUGUAUAUAUUGUAUUAGAAUGCAAUGCCUAGUAGACCUACUCUACCACUAGGCCACUUAGCUGAGAAACAGCUGAGCACUACUCCUCUGAAUCCUGCCUAAAAUUAAGCUUGUAGAUUGAUACUGAGAAAUAUUUAAAGAUAGCUCACUACAGAAAGUACUGUAGAACCUAAAUGUUAAAAAAUAUAUGCACUUUUUUGUUUGUGUGUUUGUUAGAUUGUUUUAGGUUUUAAAAG